AUGGGUCGAGUGGCGACUACAUCGGCUUUAGAAAAACGCAAUAUUAUUGUGCCGAAGAAGAAUUGUGUUUUUUGUGAUUAUAUAAGUGAGACAGUUGAACACUUAUUUUCCGGAUGUAUAUUCGCUACAGGUAUUUGGGCAGCCGUGACUUCGUGGUGUCGUAUUCCUAACAUUUUUGUUUUUUCGGUAAGAGACAUAGUCGAUUUGCAUAAAUCAGUGGGUUUGGACGGAAUCACGAAGAUUGCGUUUCAAGGUAUAAUGUUCACGGCGUUGUGGAGCAUAUGGCGUGCAAGGAAUAAUCAUAUCUUCUCGGAGAAGAAACAAUCGGUUUUGGACUUGGUGACGGAGAUUAAAACUGUCAGUUUUCUUUGGUUUAGAAGUCGGUAUAGAUAUGGUUGUAUAGAUUGGAAAGAUUGGUGUAACUUUGAGAUGAUGUAA